UCAUAUUUUAAUACAUUUUCUUUAGUCUGUUGGUGAGUUUAUACUAUCUGAUUACAACAUGAAGAUCAACAAGAGAGGGAACAUAUUUGCCAUCAAUGAAGGAUAUGCUCAGUAUUGGUCCAGUGAUGUCACCGAAUAUGUACAGAAAUGCAAAUUCCCUGGGGAUGGGAAAUCUCCAAUGGGAGCUCGGUACGUUGGCUCAAUGGUCUCCGACAUGCACCGCACACUCAAAUAUGGUGGUAUAUUUAUGUACCCUGCAACCACCAAGAGCCCCAAGGGGAAGGUGAGUCAUUCUCUGUUAUAUCACUGUAUAGCU